CUUACUUUCGCCGGAGAAUUGCUCCUUAUAAACUUGCUGGAAAAAAGCAAUGACUAAAUAUAUAUAUAUAUAUAUAUUUAUAUAUAUAGUUUGUUAGCUUCUCUAUAUCUCUCUCAUCAAUCGGCAGAAACAUUGCUUUCCCAUUAAUUUAUCUCGCCGACCACCGACUAAAUUAGAUCUACAACCAUAAAAAACAAUAUCUCCGAUCACCGAGAAUAAUGUUUGAAGACGGUGGGGUUGAUGUGAAUUAGUUGUAACUUUUUUGCCAAGAUCGAAGUUUUAGUGUUUUAAAUGGAUAGAGAGGAAGAAAGUUCAUGUUCUCAUCAAGAAAAAUCUGACUCGAAUACGACGGGAAAAAACUGGCUCGGAACUCCUUUCAAUGAGCCCAUCUAUGAAGAAACUUCUAUGAGGGAAAGUAAUUUAGGGUCAACAAGUCAAAUGAUUGAUUUUAAUAUAGGAAUACAUGAUAAGCUUUCCAUGUAUGAUGGGGAUACAUGGCAUAAUGAGGUGUCUUUUAAAGAUCUGCUUGCAAUGGCUUCGAUCGGGAAAUUUGGCAUUACUGGUGAUGCUAUCGGUAGACCACAAUAUGGGAAGGUAGACUAUGCUACCUACUUAUCUGAUCCACAUUUGUCACCACAAACAGUAAAUGACCCGUACGUGAGCACAGGGCUGUCCCUUGGAUUUACACCGGUGACACCAAAUCAAGGGGGAAGAGCAGAGCAGCAUAAACAGGUUGAAUCUGAAGCAGCGAAUUCAAAUGAGAAUGAAAGAAUGAAUCUCAAUCUUGCAGCAGAUAAGGAAAAAGAAAAUCUUGAUGAACAUUCGCAGGCUGAUGUUUCUACACUUGCUUCGGUGAAUGAAGACAUGGAAAAAGGAUCGACUGAACAGACCAAUUUAAAUGAAACGCCACAACAGAAACAAAGAAGAAGAAAGCAUAGACCGAAAGUGGUUAUAGAAGGCCAACGCAAAAGAGCAAGGAAGCCCGCAACCCCAAAACCAGAAACCCCAAAUCCCGGUCCUACCUCGACGGGGAAGAGGAAAUAUGUCCGGAGAAAGGGGAUUGAAAAACCCUCAGAAACGCCUACAGAGGGGGAUGUGAGUGGGACGGUCGAUCCAAGCACAAGCACAAAUCAACAGACCAAGAAAAGACGCAAUAGAAAGAUCAACUUUGAUGAGCCUGAACAACAAACUGAAGUAACAGAUGAAAAGACACAACUUGAACACAUGGCGGACAAAACAACAUGCUCCGCACCCCAAAAACCAAAAACCCCGAAGCCCGGUGCUACCUCGAGGGGAAAAAGGAAAUAUGUCAGGAAAAAGGGGAUUGAAAAAUCCACAGAAACGCCCACAGUGGGGGAAGCGAGUGGGACCGUCAAUCCGAGCACAAGCACAGAUCAACAGACCAAGAAAACAUGCAAGAGAAAGAUCAAUUUUGAUGAGCCUGAGAAACGGACUGAAGUAACAGCUGAGAAGACACAAGUUGAACACAUGGUUCACAAAACAACAAGCUCGACAAGUGAAGUUGUGGAAAUUUCCCAAAAAGUGCUUACUAGUGAGUCUCCAAGCCCUAUCACCCCCAGCAAGACUGAGCUACCACGAGGGGUAUCAAGAAAGAGCACAAAAGCAACAUGUAAGAUAAAUUUUUUACAAGAAACUCAUGAUAAAGGAGAGAGUAGCUUACCCAGCCCAAAUGAAUCCAAUUGCAGUACAAGUGCAUGUCUUGAUAAAGGAAAAGAAGCACAGGGAUCAAAUGAGGGACUUAUAAGAAACAUGGAUGGAGUUACACUAAUCAAUGGGAAUGCAUUAGGAAUUAGCGAUGAGGAAACAUAUCUAUCGAUGUUCACCAACUAUAACAGUGGUAGCAACGCCAUACAUUUAUCUGCCAUAGGUAAGAAAAAGAGAGUCAGAAAGAAGCAGAUGAUAGCCACUACGAGUGCUAGUAAAGCACCUGAAAUGCCAAUAGAAAAUGGUGUAUGUAUGCAGAAUUCAAGAAAUAAGAAAACCACGGCUUUCAGGAUGGUGCAUGACACAGUUGCAUCUGCUGGAAUGAUAAAUGACAGAUAUCAGAAGCCCACAUAUAUGGAAACCCAUUCUACAGAAUUUCAACUUAGUUUGGUAACCAAUAGAAACUCUUUGGUGCCUCCUUUCUAUCAUUACCCACAGUACUUCACAAAUCAUACAGGUUCUAAUCCAAGCUUAAGAUGCACAAGUACAUACGGUAUUGAGAAACUAAUUCGCCUAUUUGGGCAGCUAAAUAUCAACAGACCGGUGGCAGAAAAGUACAGGAAUACAGUUAUACCAUACAUGCCGGGAUACAAUGAGAAGAAUGCUCUUGUUGUAUUUCAGCGAGACGGGACUCUGGUUCCUUAUAUUAAGAAAAGAAAGACACGACCUAAAGUUGAUCUAGAUGAUGAGACGACUAGAGUCUGGAAGCUUCUACUGGAAAAUAUAAACAGUGAAGGAAUAGAUGGAACAGAUGAGGCAAAAGAGAAAUGGUGGGAAGAAGAACGCAAAGUAUUCCGAGGCCGUGCAGAAUCGUUCAUAUCACGAAUGCAUCUUGUGCAAGGGGACAGACGCUUCUCUAAGUGGAAAGGAUCUGUUUUAGAUUCAGUUGUUGGGGUUUUCCUUACCCAGAACGUAUCAGAUCAUCUAUCCAGUUCAGCAUUUAUGUCCCUUGCUGCACGGUAUCCACUCAAGUCAAAAAGAAGCAGUGAAACAUCCCAUGAAGAGGAAUCAAUCAUGUCUGUUAAAGAACCAUGCCAAGAAGAUGAAGAUCGUGGUUCUAUGAUGAUGCAGAAUGCUGAUCCAUGUGAAGAAAAAGAAGUUGUCAAUAGCAAUGAACCUUCUCAAAAUAGUGUCAUUAAUUUUGACUUAAAUGAUAACUCAGAAUGUGAGGUUCUAGAAAUACCUGAAAAAGGUUCAGCAGUGUACAAGGAAUCAGUCUUGGAUCAAAGAGAAUUCGGUGAUAUCCAUUCUUCACAAGACUCGGCACAUACAUCUCCAAGCUCACAAUCUUCAAUUGUUAAUAACUCGGAAAGAUUAGGAUCGUCCUUUGUUCACAACUCAAGAGAACAAAAGGACGGGUCUAAAUCGACUGCUCUUGAUGGGUACACUUCUUUUGUGGAGAUGCUACACAAGCAAGGACCCACAACUGUUAAUGAAACAUACAGUCAACAACUAGCAGAAGAUUCAUCUGAACAGACACUUUCUGCUAAAGAGCAUGAGUUGCCAAACACUUGCACAUUAGAAGCUUUGGCAUUUGAAUCCUUUGAGGUCAGAGAGGAAAGAAAACUUAUUCAAGCUCAAAACAAGAAGUCAGCAAGUGCAGAAAGCAGACUUAAAGAAAGCAGAGUAUCAGCAGAAUCUGCAAAUCAAACUGCAGUUCAGAUGGUCAAGUCAAUAAGUUCACAGGAAUCGGUCAAAUACUCGAACACAUUCAUUAACUGUGAGAUGCAAGAAGUUGUUGAUUUAACAAAUGUAUCAGUGGAGACAUCCAAAUCCACUCAGAGCAACAAUAUCAUUGAAGCCUCAGGUGAAACAACACACAAGGUGGUUAACUUUAACUUUAACUUCAAUGAUAAUGACGGUAGUCAAAUAGUUAAGGAUAAUCCUAAAGUUAAGAAAGAGAAAACUGGGAAGGAACAGAUUAAAGUUGAAUGGGAUAACCUGAGAUUGGAAGCUGAAGUCAAACAGAAGAGAGAGAGAACACCAGACACAAUGGAUUCUCUGGACUAUGAGGCAGUAAGGGCAGCAAAUGUUGAUGAUGUUGCAGAAUCUAUCAAGGAAAGGGGUAUGAACAAUAGGCUAGCAGCAAGAAUUAAGGAUAUGCUUGACCGGCUAGUUGAAGACCAUGGAAGCAUCAACCUUGAAUGGUUAAGAGAUGUCCCGCCUGACAAAGCCAAGGAGUAUCUGUUGAGCUUUAAAGGCUUGGGUUUGAAAAGCGUAGAGUGUAUCCGUCUAUUAACACUUCACCAUCUUGCUUUCCCUGUUGACACAAAUGUCGGACGCAUAGCUGUAAGACUUGGAUGGGUACCCCUGCAACCGCUUCCUGAGUCCCUACAAUUGCAUCUUUUAGAGCUGUAUCCAAUUAUGGAGUCAAUUCAACAGUAUCUCUGGCCACGAUUGUGCAAGCUUGACCAAAGAACUCUGUACGAAUUACAUUACCAAAUGAUUACAUUUGGAAAGGUUUUUUGUACAAAGACAAAACCAAAUUGCAAUGCAUGCCCACUGAGAGGAGAAUGCAGACAUUUUGCAAGUGCAUUUGCAAGUGCAAGGCUGGGGCUGCCAGCACCGGAGAAAAGUGCAAACGGAACUGGUCAAAACGCUGUAGGGAUGAUAGAUCAACCUUCAACGAGUAUAAACAGAACUGCUCAAAGCCCUGUUAGGAUGAUAGAUCUACCUCCAGCUUGUAACCAGCUGCAACAGUUGUCUGAAUCCCAAAACAGCAAUUCUGUUAUUAAAGAAACAGAAACAACAGGGCCUAUAGUAGAGUUACCAGCAACACCAGGGCCUAUAAUUGAGGUGCCAGCAUCGCCAGAGCCAAUCAUUGAGGUACCAGCAACACCAGAGCCAGAACAGAUAAACCAAGAACUUGAUAUAGAGGACUUCUAUGAAGACCCAGAAGAAAUUCCAAUGAUCAAGCUCAAUGUUGAACAGUUCACUCAGAACUUGCAAACUUUCAUGGAGAGUCACAUGGAACUUAGAGAAGGUGACAUGUCAAAGGCAUUAGUAGCCCUAACAUCAGAAGCUGCAUCAAUCCCAACGCCUAAACUUAAGAAUGUGAGCCAGCUAAGAACAGAACACCAAGUCUACGAGCUUCCAGAUUCACAUCCUCUUUUGGAAGGGAUGGACACACGGGAGCCCGAUGAUCCUUGCUCGUACCUCCUCGCAAUCUGGACACCUGGUGAAACUGCAGAUUCGAUUCAGCCACCAGAAGGACAAUGUUGCUCCCAAGAAUCUGGCAUGUUAUGCAACAAAGAAACAUGUUUCUUCUGCAAUAGCACACGAGAGGCAAAUUCCCAAACUGUUCGUGGGACACUUCUGAUACCAUGUCGAACUGCUAUGAGAGGGAGCUUUCCACUCAAUGGCACGUAUUUCCAAGUUAAUGAGGUGUUUGCAGACCAUGCGUCAAGCCUUAACCCAAUAGCUGUCCCCAGAUCUUGGUUAUGGAAUUUACCAAGAAGAACGGUGUACUUUGGAACUUCUAUACCAACGAUAUUCAAAGGCAUGACGACUGAAGCUAUUCAAUACUGCUUCUGGAGAGGGUUUGUUUGCGUGAGGGGAUUUGAGCAGAAGACACGAGCCCCCCGUCCACUGAUGGCGAGGCUACACUUCCCAAUUAGCCAUUUAAAAAGAUACAAAGCAAUGGCUGAUGAAAAAGAGAAGUCAAAGCAGUAAAAGACCUUGAGGCAGUUGUUAAAAGUCUGUCCUACAUAUAAAAUGCCAGAAUAACCAUGUACAAAUAUCAAGAGAAGGCAUACAGAUUUUUUAAAAGCUCAAGGUUGGCUGUCCAUGACCACGGUGGCAGUAUCCACAGUUUAGAAAUCAUAGAGACAGCAGUUGACUUGUAUAACCCAAAGAUGAAGUAUGGUAGCAGUCCCUUAUUUGUGCUAUAUAUAUUGUUCUAGCUUUUAAAAUAUGUUUAGGACCUUUUCUUUUAGUGGUAGCAGUUCCUUUUUGGUGCUAUAAUACGAGUAAUAAUAUGCCAAGUGGAAAAGAUUCAUUUCA